AUGGACGCCACCUUGCGUUGCAAUGACCUGACUUGCCGGGCACAAGUCGACGAUCGUGCUGUGGUUACGACAUGCAGCCACGUCUUCUGCCUAAACUGCGCCGAUCGCCUCGAUCUCAGCGCACCAAAGGAUGGCCAGCGCAAAUGUCCUGCUUGUGCGACGUGGUUGCUCAACCCAGACGAUGCAGUCGUCACUUCCCUCGCUCCGACUGAAGACUACAAGACCAGCAUCCUGAGCGGCCUUAGUCCAACGAUCAUCAUGGAGUGUGCAGGCCGAGGCUUGAACUUCUGGGCGUACCAGAUGGCGCAAGAGAUCACCUACCAAGAGUAUCUCACCAAGACACUGUCAGAUCGCUAUGCUGGUCUGGACACGCACGUGCAAAGCAUCAUUCGUGAGGCGAACGACGAAGCUGCUCGCAUGAGCGCUAAGCUGGAUGCAAUGCACACCGAGCAGGAGAGGGUCCUGUCGCAUAAUCAGAAAAUCGAACGAGACUUCAAGGAGAUGUCAAAGCGCUCAGCAAACUUCGAGAAGAUGUACAGAGCUCUGAAGGCGCAGCAGAUCAACGGAAAUGUCGAGAUCGCCGCUGAGCAUGAUGCGGACAAUGUCAUUCAAGGAGCUUCGCAGAACCCUGGAGGACAGUACCGCAGCUCGCACCAGCAGCAAGCGCCAUCGGGUUUCCCACGCCGCAGCAACAGCAAUGGAAGUGGUGGCAGUGAUGAGCGCAGACGCAUGACUUUGCAGCCUGGUACUGGCUACAGCAGCCAGGGAUAUGUGCCACUGGGUAGCAGAAGGGGCAUGACCAGCUCUCACAGCGGACCUGUGCCAACGAACAAUCGCCAACGCCUGCCAGCGAAUCUACCUCAGCCCACGUUUGGUUCGUACAAUGCAAGUCUACUCGGCCGUGAAGCUGGAGGUGGCUCGCAUCGGCAGGGGACUGCACUAAAUGGAAGCUACAGCCGUGGUGGACAAGGUGACAGUCCGAGCGGAGGAUUUGGAUUGAGCGCAGGCUCUCUCCGCAUAGUCCCAGCACCCAGCAACCCCACCAGCACCACUCCCAACCUCGGCGCCCCCUCCGCCCCAGGCAUCCACGACACCCUCCGCUCGAACCUCCACCACCUCGCCCCAGCACCCAAAGCCUCAACCACUGCCGCCACCACAACCUCCCCCCUCCAAUCCCUCCACCCCCUCGAGUCCCGCCUCUCCAACUGGCGCCACCAGCAAGAAACUCUCAAGAUGUCCCUCCUGCGCCGCCAGUUCGGAAUCGCCGAGCCCGUCAAGCGCCAGAUGGAGCUGAGCAUUGUGCGCGCGGGAGAGUGGAGGCCUAGUGUGCUGGGAGGUCAUGGGACUGCGGGGUUGCAUGCGGAUAUUUUGAGUGGGAGGGAUUGCGAGUUGGGGUGGGAGGAUGUGUUUGAGGGGGAUGUUAUGAGGGAGGGGAUGGAUUUCCAUGCGGAGAUGGAGGGUCGGUUUAGGAUGAAUUGGUAA